AUGGAUUCUUCACAAGGGUCUACGCUGGCUGGUUUGGUCGAAAAUGCAUCUACUAUUCAGAGGGAUGAAUCUUGUUUGGAUGGCGUUCCUGUAUAUGUUAAGGAGCUUAUUGCCAGAGGCUUUGCCGGUGCACUUUCUAAGUCUGCCGUUGCACCCCUCGAACGUGUUAAGAUACUCUGGCAGACAAGGACAGCAGGAUUUCAGUUUAUUGGUGUGUACCAAUCUAUGAAUAGGUUACUAAAGCAUGAAGGUUUUCUAGGAUUAUAUAAAGGAAAUGGAGCUAGUGUUAUCCGGAUUGUUCCAUAUGCAGCUUUGCAUUUUAUGACCUAUGAGCGAUAUAAAAGUUGGAUCUUGGAUAAUUAUCCUAUCUUAGGAUCAGGUCCUUCUAUUGAUCUUUUAGCUGGCUCCGCAGCAGGAGGAACUUCAGUUUUAUGCACAUACCCCUUGGAUCUUGCUCGUACCAAACUUGCUUAUCAGGUGGCGGACACAAGAGGAAGUAUCAAAGAUGGUAUGAAAGGAGUUCAUUCUCAACCUGCACAUAAUGGCAUUAAAGGUGUACUUACAAGUGUCUAUAAGGAAGGGGGAGUUCGUGGACUUUAUAGGGGUGUAGGACCAACCCUUACUGGAAUUCUUCCAUAUGCUGGUUUAAAGUUCUACAUGUAUGAGAAAUUGAAGAUGCAUGUUCCUGAAGAACACCAAAAGUCCAUUUUGAUGCGCCUUUCUUGCGGAGCACUAGCUGGAUUGUUUGGGCAGACUUUAACAUACCCUUUAGAUGUUGUUAAGAGACAGAUGCAGGUUGGCAAUCUGCAAAAUGCAUCCCAUGAAGAUGCCAGAUACAAAAAUACAUUUGACGGACUUGGGACGAUUGUUCGUAAUCAAGGGUGGAGACAGUUGUUUGCAGGCGUUAGCAUUAACUACAUAAGGAUUGUUCCUUCAGCUGCAAUUAGUUUCACCACAUAUGAUAUGAUGAAGGCUUGGCUCGGCGUACCACCUCAACAAAAGUCUCGAUCAGUUUCGGCAACAUAAUUGCUAAUUGCUCUCCCCGUGAUGGCAAAAUG